GGCCCGAGCUCUUACCUGGGAUCUCUCUCAUAUGCUCUCAAGCACGCUUUGCGCCUGCAGCCAGCUAUACUAGAGGGCUACCUCAAGUAUGGCGGGCGUCCCUUUCGAAUUCCAACUGUGUCUGGGUGGCAGAUUAUCCUGUCCAGCCCGGAGCUGCUGAAAGAAGUGGGGCGCACGUCGGAGGAUGUGCUCAGCUUUGCUGAAUGGGCAAAUUCGUCGUUCCAGACCAAAUACACGCUUGCGCACGGCCCACACAACACACAGCCUCACAUUCCCGUCAUCCAGAACCGUCUCACUCGUAACCUGGUGCGCCUCUUCCCAGACAUACGGGACGAGGUCGUAGCUGCUUUCGAUGAAACGCUCAUGCUACAUAACAAUGAAUGGAAAGCCAUCCCUGCACAUCGUAUGGCUCUGAACGUCUCCGCGCGUACCAUCAAUCGCAUUUUUGUGGGGCUUCCAUAUUGUCGUAAUCCUGAAUAUGUCGACCUCUGCAUUCGGUUUACGACUGACGUUGCCAAGGCUGCGAUAGUCCUCAAGGUCACCCCCAAGAUUCUAAGACCAAUCGUCGCCCAAUAUUUCACGAAAGCAAAUAAAAAUAUAGAGCAUAUGCACACACUACUUGGGCCCAUGAUAACUGAACGUCUUCGGCUGGAAGCGGAGCUAGGGGACGAGUGGAUGGAGAAGCCAAAUGACCUUCUUUCGUGGCUCAUGGACGAAGUGCCCGCUGCUGAACGCACGCCGUACGAGCUUGGACGCUUGAUAUUGAUUAUAAACUUUGCUGCCAUUCACACCCUUUCCCAAGCCCUUUUCAACCUUGCGACAUAUCCAAUUUAUGUGUCACAACUUAGAGAGGAGGUAACCCGUGUGGUCAAUGCCGAAGGUUGGAGUAAGACCGCACUCGGCAAGAUGGUUCGGCUGGAAAGCUUCCUUGCUGAGACCAUGCGCGUGGACGGAAUGUUCCUCUUAUCUAUGCAGCGCAAGGCCAUGCGCGACGUCACUCUCUCGGAUGGGACCUUUAUCCCCAAAGGCGCAUAUCCUGCCGUCGCGACGCAUGUGCGUCAUGUGAACACCGCAAUUUACGGAGAGGACGCAGAAACCUUCAAUCCAUGGCGUUUCCUAACAACGAAAGACGGUGUCAUAGACUCGCUAGGAGACAAUGAAGACGAGGAUACUGAAGACCAGAGGACAGUAAGAAAUAAGGCUGUGACUCCCAGUGAGGACUGGCUUGUGUUUGGGUACGGAAGACAUGCAUGUCCGGGACGUUUCUUUGUGGUGAACGAACUUAAAGCGAUGCUGGCGCAUGUUUUGCUGAGCUAUGACAUCAAGCUCACGGAUGAUGCGCAAGGCAACCGUCCCGCCAACCUUGAAUUUGGGCACAACAGAGUGGCAAACCAGCGUGCAAAGGUCAUGAUAAGGAGGCGUGCGGAUUAG